AUGGAGCCGGCGGCCGCCUCGGCCGAGGGGAGCUGCGGCCCAGAGGGGGACACCUCCGCAGGCACGCAGGAGCCGGGGGACCAGGGCGGCUGGGCCGGGGGGGCCGGCGGCAACUGGAUGGCGAUUCACCCCACGCUCACAGAAAUGAUGUCUCUUGAUAUAUCUGACAGUUCUCAAAUCUAUGCUGCAUUUGUGGUUUACCUGGACCUCUUAGAAGGGAGAAACUGGCAUGAAGUGAAUUAUGUUGGAGUAGCAGAAUUGCAGCUUGUAUGUUUACAUGCACGUGAAAAAGAACAGGACAGUCUCCAAGUGAUGGUGCCCGUACCUGUGCACAUAUUGUUGAGCCAUGAGAGGAUGAGAGAGAUCAUGAAAAAAGCAUCACUCCCACAGGAUGAUCCUGACACCCCGCUGUCAGUUACUUUGGCCAUAGUUGAGUCAGAUUCCACAGUAGUCUACUAUAAAAUGACUGAUGGCUUUGUGCUACCAGAUCCUCCUGACGAUACUGAAGAUACAGACAAUAAACAGUGGAGAAAGAAAAGAAAGCUUUUGAAGUGAUUAAGACAAACAGUUUUCUUGAGCUACUGUCCUCAAACAUAAACAAAUCCAGGAACUUAUGUACAUAAAUAUGUUGUGUGCUAAAGUCUGCCUUCUGCAUGUCAAGCAUCUUUUCAGGGAGAACGGAGGCUUGUGCAGCUGUACUGUACUGAAAUGCCAUUUAAAGUAUAAAAUGGGUCACGCUUUGUGACAAAUAUACUUGUGAGAUGUU